GAUUCUAGCAACUGCUGGGACUGACUUUGACCUGCGCACCCUGCGAGCUGUCCGAGUGUUACGACCCCUGAAGCUUGUGUCGGGAAUCCCAAGCUUGCAGGUUGUCCUCAAGUCCAUCAUGAAGGCGAUGGUGCCAUUGCUUCAGAUCGGGUUGCUCCUCUUCUUUGCCAUCGUGAUGUUUGCCAUCAUCGGGCUGGAGUUUUACAUGGGGAAGUUUCACAAAACCUGCUUCUCUAAUGAGACGGGUGAUGAGGUGGGAGAUUUUCCUUGUGGAGAGGAGCCUCCUGCCAGGCAGUGCGAGAGCGGGACUACCUGCAGGGAGUACUGGCAAGGACCCAACUAUGGCAUCACCAACUUUGACAAUAUCCUCUUCGCUGUGCUCACCGUCUUCCAGUGCAUCACCAUGGAGGGAUGGACCGACAUCCUCUACAAU